AUAAACCUCAACACACUGUCCUUGAGGUAGCUGUGGGACAGACAGAAAGUUCAGGAGACACGAGAUAAAGAUUUCCCUUUUCGCAGGAGAUGGGCUCGGGCAAGACGACGCUGCUCAGUGUUCUCUCUGGAAGGCAGCCCGUGCGGGCGGGCACCGUCAAGAUGAACGGGAUGCCACUCAACAAGCGCCUGCGCCGCAGCAUCUGCUACGUCAUGCAGCAGGACAUCUUCUUUGCCAACCUGACGCUGAGGGACACUCUCAUGUACCAGGCCCACCUCAAGCUGCCCAGUACCAUGAAGCAGCACGAGAAGGAGAAGAUAGUGACCAGUCUGGUGGAGGAGCUGGACAUCACAAAAUGCUACAACACGAUUAUCGGCGACGAUUUUAAACGCGGGCUCUCUGGAGGGGAACGUAAACGCGCCAAUAUUGCCUGUGAGCUUUUGUCUGACCCAGCUGUCAUGCUGCUUGAUGAGCCGACCUCGGGCCUAGACUCCAGUACGGCCUACAGCCUGUGCUGCACCCUCAGGCGGUACGUGCUGAGACACUGCAAGACUGUGGUCUCCUCCAUCCACCAGCCGUCCUCCCAGAUCUACCACAUGUUCGACAAGAUCCUGCUGAUGAGCGACGGAGAGAUUGCCUACUACGGAGCUGCUGCCCAGAUCCUGGACUUUUUUGGAGCAUUGGGUCUGCACUGUAACCCACACUACAACCCUGCGGACUUCAUCUUGGACAAGAUCAAAGAAUCCACCGAGGUCAGGAACAGGAUCGUGCAAUCCUCGAAUGAGUUACGAAAGUCCAGCCCGGAAUCGCCACUGGAUCCCAGCUUCAGGGAUGAAUCAGAUCAGAAACUCCCGAACGGACUCUCGCUGAAUGAGUACAGGGUCGCGAAAUUCACACACAAGCAAGAUUCGGAAGAGAAACCAGAAAGGAAGUGGCCCUCCUCAUAUUGGAUGCAGUACCGCACCCUGACGUUGCGAAACUUCAAGCAACAGCGGGAGGUGAUCCUGUCCUGGCUGAACUUGGUCCAGACUCUCAGUAUGGCCAUUGUCCCCGGAGUGAUCUGGUGGCAGAUUCCUAAGGUUGAGGAACAGAUCCAAGCCACAUCAGGACUGAUGUACUUUAUCCUUCUUUACUGGGCGUUUACUCCAAUCUUCCACACCUUAACCACAUUCCCACUGGAACGCCCAAUCAUUAACAAGGAGAGGCUCUCUGGUUCCUACCGUCUCUCUGCCUAUUACCUGGCGAAGAUGACGAGUGAGCUGCCCUUAAUAGUCAUCCAGCCCAUCGUCAGCAUCACCAUUGCCUUCUGGAUGGGUGGGCUCAAUGGAGUCAUCGCCUACUUUGUGGAUUUAGCCAUGAUCAUUCUUGGAUCGGUGACAGCACAAUCUAUCGGCCUGUUCGCCAGUGCCCUCUUCCUCCGGAUUGACCAGUCCAUCAUCUUCGCUACAAUCUUCAUGCUGACCACUCUGCUGCUUGGAGGAUUCUACAUCCAACAUCUGCCUGCCUGGCUCACCUGGGCCCGCUACUUUGCGUUCGUCCUCUACCCCUUCCACGUGAUGCUCAGUGUUGAAUUCUCCAACGAUCAUUACAUUCUAUGCAAAGCAGAGAACUCGGCCUAUCAGUACUGCAACCUGGCCAGAAACACAACUAACAGCUCCGUCUACAUCCCCAGGGACGAGAUCCUGGCCUUUUUCAACGUUACUCUCCCAAUCUGGGCCAACAUCCUCAUUCUCCUCCUGUUUAUGGUGACUUUCCGAAUUGCCUGCUAUCUUCUGCUCAGAUUCUAUCGGAAGCCAUGAUCGCACCUUCUGCAAUUUCCCUUCUGGGCUUGGGCCUGGAGGGGGAAGGGGAAGGGGGUGAAAUCUGGAUCAGGUACAGAAGGGAAUAUGUUCAAUGCUGGCUGCUGCUCCAUGGAGGGACAGGACGUGUGCACCAUCAGUUGGCUUAUGGGAUCUAGGGGAAACCAUGCAGCCACCAUACUCUUUCUCUCUCUCUCUUCUCCCUCCCCAAAAAAGAAAGCCUGUGCCACAGGAACUGGAGGCGGCCAUUCAGCCCCUUCUGUAGUCUGUCCCACAGGAACUGGAGAAUGCCUGCUAGUCUACUUUAGGAACUCAAUGGCCCCAUCCAUUGAAGUUAAUUGACAAGGAAAUCUCUCGAUUAACUUCCACUCCCCACUAAUUGAAACAAAAGGUGAUAAGCUGUGGGAGUGAGGUACUAUUGCAACUUGACUGUCUUCCCCACUACCGGUUUCUCUGGGAAUGCUUCAGCUGAUUCAGAGAUUUGUGGAGUGGAGGGAGUGACUGGGAGUGGGGGAGACAGGUGUUCUCACAAGUGAAGGAAGGAGCUUGUAAACUGUCUGAACUAUGAUGGGAUAUUGUGUUAUGAGCGGAUCCAAGCUUUAUUUGUUCCCAAGUGCCUUUAGAUGGCGUUUUGAAUGUCUCUACACCCCUCUAGCUGAAGAGGUGUGUAAUUGCUGCUGUUUGCAGUUUAGACCUGAAUCUGCACUUUAAAUCAGUGAAUGCUGCUCACUCCAAUUCCCUCGAGUGUAAAAUAAUUAAACUAUAUAUUGAGCUCUUUGGUCAGUCUAUACCAAAGCAGUGCAAUAAAAUAUUUCUAUCCCUU